GCCUGGCUCUAUGGACAGGAGCUCGCUGCUGCAGCUUAUCCAGGAGCAGCAGCUGGAUCCUGACAACACAGGCUUCAUCGGUGCGGACACCUUCACUGGCCUGGUGCACAGCCAUGAGCUGCCCCUGGACCCGGCCAAGCUGGACAUGCUUGUGGCCCUGGCCCAGAGCAACGAGAGGGGUCAGGUCUGCUACCAGGAGUUGGUAGACCUGAUCAGCAGCAAGCGCUCAAGCAGCUUCAAGCACGCCAUCGCCAAUGGACAGCGGGCACUGCCCCGGGACGGGCUGCUGGACGAGCCGGGCCUGGGUGUCUACAAGCGGUUUGUGCGCUACGUGGCCUAUGAGAUCCUGCCCCGAGAGGUGGACCGCCACUGGUACUUCUACCGGCAUCGCAGUUGCCCACCCCCGGUGUUUAUGGCCUCGGUCACCCUCGCCCAGAUUGUCGUGUUCCUGUGCUACGGGGCCCGCCUCAACAAGUGGGUGCUGCAGACCUACCAUCCCGAGUACAUGAGGAGCCCCCUCGUGUACCACCCCGGCCACCGCGCCCGGGCCUGGCGCUUCCUCACCUACAUGUUCAUGCACGUCGGGUUGGAGCAGCUGGGGUUCAACGCGCUCCUGCAGCUGAUGAUCGGGGUGCCCCUGGAGAUGGUGCACGGCCUGCUCCGCAUCAGCCUGCUCUACCUGGCUGGCGUGCUGGCAGGCUCCCUGACCGUCUCCAUCACUGACAUGCGGGCCCCUGUGGUGGGGGGCUCCGGCGGGGUCUAUGCCCUGUGCUCAGCACACCUGGCCAACGUCGUCAUGAACUGGGCUGGGAUGAGGUGUCCGUACAAGCUGCUGAGGAUGGUGCUGGCCCUGGUGUGCAUGAGCUCCGAGGUGGGCCGGGCCGUGUGGCUGCGCUUCUCCCCGCCACUGCCUGCCUCGGGCCCGCAGCCCAGCUUCAUGGCGCACCUGGCGGGCGCUGUGGUGGGAGUCAGCAUGGGCCUGACCAUCCUGCGCAGCUACGAGGAGCGCCUGCGAGACCAGUGCGGCUGGUGGGUGGUGCUGCUCGCCUAUGGCACCUUCCUGCUUUUCGCCAUCUUCUGGAACAUCUUCGCCUACGACCUGCUGGGCGCCCACAUCCCCCCACCGCCGUAACGGGCUUCUGGAGCUACACAGGCCAGGGCGAAGGUGUGUGUGGGCCAGCCACCAGGCGGGCCUGCACAUCCGCCCUCCGUGAAUGUACGUCUCAAGGCUGCUGCUUCUCCCCUGUGGGGCGGGUGGCCCCUGUGGCCCCAAGUCCAGGCUGAGCCUUACACCAGCCCUGGUGCCCCCUCCCAGGCCUGGGGGUGUAGGACUCUUGGGCUGGGCCUGGUGGUGGAGGUCCCCAAGGGUGGCCCCAGAGGAGACCCUGCCUCCCAGCCUCCCCACCCAGGAUUUGCGGUCUGAGCCUUUUUGGAGAAUGAAUAAAUAUUUUACACAGCACCAGGUGGCUGUACCAGGGCUCUGGGGGCUGGUCUGGCCUCCCCCUACUUGCUGAGCAGACCGUGAGGGCCCUUCCCUCCAUGCAGGCGGCCUGGGCUCCCCCUUGCUCUCUCCACCUGGUAUGAGGUAU